AUGGCGACGACGGGGUCGAAGAUGAACACAGUGUUUGCUUACACGGUGGUGUACGUGAAGGACGUUGCUAAAUCCACAGCCUUCUACUCCAAAGCCUUCGGCUACAACAUUCGUCGUAUAGACGACUCUAACAGAUGGGGGGAGUUAGAAAGUGGGCAAACGACGAUAGCGUUCACGCCGGUGCACCAGCACGAGACGGAUGAUCUGACGGGUGCAGUUAAAACCCCAAGCUCUGGCCGUGAGAGGCAGCCGGUUGAGGUUUGCUUUGCCUACUCUGACGUUGAUGCUGCCUACAAAAGGGCGCUAGAGAAUGGGGCGGUGGCGGUGAGUGAGCCAGAAGAGAAGGAGUAG